CCAUGGCCGAGCUCCCCUCUCUUCUCCUCGCCUCUCUUCAGCCAGACUCCAGGAAACAGGCAGAACAGAGCCUCCAGAGCCUCAGCGUUCAGCCUGGCUUCCUCCCCCACCUCCUCACUCUCGUCCUCCAAUCCACCCAAGAUCGCGCCGUUCGCCUGGCCGGCAGCGUCUACCUCAAAAACGUCGUCAAGUCGCGAUGGGAAGAUGAUGAGCCACCCAUCGCGGACGCCGAUAGGGCCGGGCUGCGCGAGGCCCUCGUCCCCGCUAUGAUCCAGCUCUCGAACGCAUCGGACAAGGCCGUCCGUGCGCAGAUCGCAGAGUCGAUAUCCCUUGUUGCGAAGAGCGACUUCCCCGAGCGGUGGCCAGAUCUGGUCGAUAAACUCGUCGUAUCGCUUUCCGAGUCAAAUUAUGAAGUCAACGUCGGCGUACUCGAAACAGCACAUUCCAUCUUCCGUCCAUGGCGUGCCGAAGCUCGCUCCGACGCCCUGUUCACCGAGAUCAACUACGUCCUCUCCCGCUUCACCACACCCUUCCUUAGCCUCUUUCUGCACACUACUACUCUCCUAUUUGCUCAGCCGCCUCCACCCAACCUCGCGCAAGUCGCCCAAGCAACGGUGUUCCUUGUGGAAAUCUACUACGACCUAACGUGCCAGGACCUUCCGCCCGGCAUCGAAGACUCGCAUGCACAAUUCUUUGCGGCCCAGGAUGGCUUGUUCCUCCGCCUCCUCCUGUGGGACCCACCACAGCUCCGAGGGGACCCCGAUGACACGACGCCGUCUCUCCCAUCACAAAUCAAGACGAGGAUCCUCGAGAUCGUUGAGCUCUUUGUGAAGCUAUAUCCAGAGACUCUCCAGUCGUCAGGCACCGUCGAGGCUUUCGUGCGGGCGAUCUGGGACCUCGUGGGCGGUGGCAAGCGGCCAGGCGUCGCGGACGACGGGCUCGUGUCGCAGUCUCUGCGCUUCAUCGCCUCGGCUAUCCGGAUAGGUUACUACAAGGACCUCUUCGGCUCAAAAGAGACCAUCUCUGGGCUCGUGCAGGGCGUCGUUGUGCCGAACGUCGCUCUACGAGAGCACGAACUGGAGCAGUUCGAAGACGACCCGCUCGAGUACAUCCGGUUGGACCUCGCGCUCCCGUCCAUGGGCGGGAUCGGUCUCUCGCACGACGCGGUCACGCGCCGCCAGGCGGCGGCCGACGUCCUCCGCGCGCUUGUGUCGUCCGGGCUCGAGGCGGAGACGACGGAGGUGACGGGCGCGUGGAUCGGGCAGGGGCUCGCGGAGUACAACGCGGACCGGGCGCAGAACUGGCGCGCGAAGGACACGGCGAUAUAUCUGCUCACCGCGGUCGCGACGCGGGGGAGCACGACGCAGCACGGGGUGACGUCGACGAACGCGCUGAUCGACGUGGUGCAGUUCUUCUCGGACCACGUGUUCGCGGACUUGCAGGCGGAGGAGGGGAGCAUACACCCGAUCCUGCAGGUCGACGCGAUCAGGUUCUUGUAUACGUUCCGGAAUCAGCUCGUCAAGCCGCAGCUUCUGUCUGUGCUGCCUUCGCUUGUUCGCCAUCUGUCCUCGGACAACUACGUGUGCUAUACCUACGCUGCGAUCAGCAUCGAGCGUAUCCUGUUCAUUCGCCAGGGUACGCAGCUCAUGUUCACCCAGGCGGACGUGCAAGACGUCGCUCCGGGAUUGCUGAAUGCUCUUUUGUCCAAGGUUGAGAAGGCACCUACGGCGGAGAAGAUGGCCGAGAACGACUACCUGAUGAAGUGUGCCAUGCGUGUCGUCGUCACGGCGCGGUCGACGUUUGCGGAUGGCUACGAUCAAAUCCUCCAGCGGCUGGUCGCGAUACUCGGCGUCAUUUCCAAGAACCCGAGCAAUCCAAACUUUGACCAGUACAUCUUUGAGAGCAUUGCUGCGCUGAUGAGAUUCGUCGUUCAGGCCAACCCAAGCGCACUGCCCCGCUUCGAACAGGCACUCUUCGGGCCCUUCACGAUCAUCAUUCAGCAAGAUAUUGACCAGUACAUACCUUACGUCUUCCAGAUCCUUGCGCAGAUGCUCGACCUUCACACGGGCGAGGUACCCGCCGAAUACCGAAGUCUGCUCCCGUUCCUCCUUACCCCUGCAUCGUGGCAGCAGAAGGGCAGCAUCCCGGGGCUGGUCAAGCUCCUUGAAGCGUUUUUGUCGCAUGACGCGAAGUCGAUGGUCGCGGCGGGGCAGCUUACGCAAGUCCUGGGGGUCAUCCAGCAGCGGCUCAUCCCGUCCAAGAUCAACGACGGCUGGGGCUUCGAGCUCCUCGAGGCCGUAGUGCAGUACACGCCUUGGGACGCGCUGAAGCAGUACUUCCGCGGACUGAUCGUCACGCUUCUGACGCGCAUGCAGACGAGCAAGACAGACAAAUACGUGUACCACUUUGUGUAUUUCCUCGGGUUCUGCCUGGCGAUCAAUGUGGACGGGCUGACGCCCGACUACAUCAUCGGGGAGGUCGACGCGAUCCAACCAGGGCUGUGGUCUCAGCUGUUGGCGAACUUCAUCAUCCCCCAAGCGCCCAAGUCUCCGCCGAAAGAGAGGAAGGUCGUGAUUGUGGGACUCACGCGGCUGCUGAGCCAGAGCGUGCUCAUGCUUCAGGACGCGCGCGUACAAGCGUGGCCGCCGACGUUCCAAGCGCUCGCGAAGCUCUUCCAGACUGAGCAGCUGCUCACUAAGAAGGAGGAGCUGGACCCCGACGCCGGCCUGACCCAGAUCGACUACGAGGAGCAGACGGCGGGCUACCAGGCGGCGUACUCGCGGCUCGCGGCCGCGGAGGCUGCCCCGGCCGACCCAGUCGCGCACGUCAAGGACCUCAAGGUGUUCGUGGGGCAGGAGCUCGCGCAGGCGUCGGCGAGGGACCAGAGGGUGAAGGCGUGGGUCGCGCAGACGGACGCGAGCGUGACGGGGCCGUUCGUGCAGGCGCUUGCUGCGUCGGGAUUCAACAUCUAAGUG